UCAUCUGACUGUACUUGUUAAAUGUAUGUUCACCUAGUAGAAAUAUUGCCUUACAAUUAUACAGAUGCUUAGAUAUCAUUGACAGCGGCGUUUCGUCUUAUUCCGUAAUUCAGAAAUAUAUAAUAACAAUAGCCUCAAACAAACUCGACCUGCUGACUAGAGGUUUUGGAUGAGGUCCACUCCUUGUGGUCCGAGAGAACUAAGUGGAGAGUAUGAACAUAUUAACUCCAUGAACACUUGUUUUUCACACGAUUCAAACCUGUAUAAUUAUUACCGCAAAGACAAUCUGUUCCAAGUACACUAGCCAGCAACUGGACGAGAUGAGUGGGCUGUAUACCGUAAUGGCUUAUGUUUUGAAGGGAGUCGAGUACUCGUCCCGAGCCAUUAAUUCGGUAAUACGAGUAAACUAUGAAGUAGUAACAGUCGUGCUUUAUUACUGUAUCCAGCUCUUGACUCUUGUGUACCACUGUUCGUCAAUUUUCCUCACCGUUCUGUUCAACAUCGUUUCAUCAGGAGUUGAUUUCCUCAGUGAAUGUUGCAACUUCAUGUAUGGGUUUAUCAUGCUUAUUUGGAAGUUUUCUAGAUUCCUUGCUAGCAUGUUGGAUAUCUUGUUCCGAGGAAUCGAGUUUUUGACUAAUUUCAUAAUGACUGGGGGAAAGUGGACUGCCAGUGCCUUACACGUGUCCGUCUCGGAUCUAAAGCUCAAUGCCUACAAUUUGUAUACAUAUGUCUCGGAUGUUAUAGCACAGUGGUCCAAGACUUCAGCAGGAGCAUUCACCCUUGUUUGGGAUAUCACCUUUAGUGUUUUUGCUAAUGUAUUUCAUUCAUUAAACUAUGUCCUUUCUUUAUCUUGGAGGAUAUUUGACAGUAUUAUGAUUGGAUUUGCAGAAAGUGUGCGGUUCCUAACUGAUCAGAUGUACUUCUUUUUGGUAUAUUAUUUACCAAAUAUACCAAAAGAAACCUAUCUUGUACUGAUAACAUUAUUACUACUGUAUCUUUUUGUCUUAAGUGUUUUAAACCAUUUGUCCAACCGAGAUAUGACGUUUCCCAUUCUCAACCGUCUGGGACAGCCACACCGAUGGGAGGAAAUGGUGGAGGAUGCUCAGUUUGAAUUCUCAGAUGAUGAUGUGAAUGUAAGUGAGGUAGAAAGUGAAAUAGACAAUGACAGUUUAUCUGAUGAAGAUGAAGAGGAGGAAAUUGAAUUUGAAGUAACAGAUGAUUCUGAUGAUUCUGGGAGUGAUCAAAAUUCCAACCUGUCCGAUGACAGCGAUGGAACAAGUACAACUUUAAGUAAUGAUAUUGAUAUUCAGCUUCCUGCAACAACAAAUGGAAGGUAUAACCUCAGGAGAUCUACAACACCAUCCAACAUUAGUUAUGAUAGUUUGAAAGAUUUUGAACGCGAGAUGGAGAAAGAACGAGAAAGACAGAAGUGUGUAGUUUGUCAGGAUCAGAACAAAUCGGUACUGAUACUUCCGUGUAGACACAUGUGUCUGUGUGUAGACUGUGGUAACCAGAUUGCCAGGGCAAGGAAUGUAGCACGCCGAACUUGUCCCCUGUGUCGUCAGAGGAUAAGAACUAUUAUGAAUGUGUAUGUGUGAUGGGAACUAUUUCAAAUGGUGCUGUCAUGGUUCGGCCGCUGUUCUGUUAAAUUUGUGGUUGUUUUUUUCAAUUUCAAACUUUAGUUACAUUUAUGUAUGUUUGAUUUACCUAUCAAGGUGUUCAUAUAUAAACAAUGACUAAAAUAUUUAGUUGAAGUCAAAGACAUAAUUGCUUAUUUACAUUUCUGUAUUCAGUAUACUUAAAUAAAAUUUACAGUGAG